UUGUCAAUUGUCAUUUUGAAAUAGCACAGACUAAGAUUACAGAAUAUUAAUAUUAGAUAAUAACUUGGAAUACAGGCUUUUGUGUUGCCAUAUAAUUCUAGAAAUGCACCAAUUUUUUUUACUUGUUUGAAUCAAAAUUUAAAAGGUUCAAAGGUAAGUUUAAAAAUAAUUGAUUUGAUUAUGUAUAUGUAUGCCUACCUGCGUGGUGUUUGGUCGGUGCUACCACUGACAUAUUUCCACUAUGUUUUAGGAAAAAUUUCCUUUUUUAAUCAAAGCUUUUUAUACGUAUUUUUACAUAAUUUGUUAAGCUAAUUUAAAGUCUGAAAUAUUGUGUAAAAAUCACAAUACUAUUAAAAUGUUAAUGUACUUUGAACCUAUUUGUAAAUAUUUUGAUCUCUUAAGUUUUAUCAAGCAGUCACACAGAUUGUGUUAGAAAAUAGUUCUUAUUCUCAGGACUGAAGACCUCAAAGAGAUGGUACAUAUUGAUGCAGAGUAUAUUUAAGAAAUACUAUAUUAAGCUUAUUGUCAUAUAAAAUCUCUUUGAAUUGACGUAUCACAAAUAUUUAAACGUUCGAUCAUUAGAUUGAGUUUAUUAUAUUUUUUUACUUGAAUAAUAGCUGUUGUCUGUAAUUCUUUUUGUAGAAAUAAUAACUUAAGACAAAAAAUGGCGAACGACGUGGAUGUAAAAUCAAUAAUGUCGAUAUCAUCCAAAUCGGAGGGUAGCACUGCACCUAUUACUCGAACUAAGUUGAAGAAUGCUCCACUUCACGAAAGAUGUGCUAUACCUGAUAUGGUGAAGAUUAAGGAACUGUUUCAAGCAGCGUAUAGAAACAAAAUGUUGCCCAAUGAAUUUAGAAACCUACUACGGACGCUUCUAAACGUCGAGUACGACGAUGAUGAAUUCAAAAUACUAUUUCUAAAAAUAAAUACUUCACGAGAGGGUGAAAUAGAUUGGGAUGAGCUGGUGUCGCAUUUACUUCUGGGCUACUUCCUCAACGAUCCGGAGAAUGAGCGGGCUUCUCUGCAGUUACCCAUAAUGGGACUACCCACCGUGAUGCGUUCGCAACAUCGUCAUCCCAUUUCUCGCAUAUGCUUCUGCCCGGAUGUUGCCAAGGACCGUAGCACAAACAACCUGACUGGGAACUAUAUUACAGCGAGUCGCGAUGGCAUGAUUAACUGGUGGUCGCUUGACAUGACACUUUUACGCACGGCUUUCUCAUCAAGUCCUCAUCUGAAAGUCCGCACUACUUGGGUUACGGACAUGGUAUGCAUGCCUGAUGUAAACAUAAUAGUCACGAGUUCUACGGAGAGGGAUUUACGCUUUUACGAUUGUACAGCCAAAACCUUCACAUUGAAGAUUGUCAUCACGAGUUGGGAAUAUAUGAUUUGUACAAUGUAUUACCAUUUUCACCAAGACAUAAGUGAGAAAUGCACGUUGAUUUGCGGUGACGUAGGCGGCAACGUCCGUGUACUGCAAUUCUCACCCGUGGAUCGUGGGCCUUUCCGCAACCAAGCUGGUAGAGCACUUGUGCAGUUGCGACACAUCGACUUGCAACGGCGGCCCCAUCUGCUGGCAGAGAUGAAGCUGACAGAGUUACGUGGAGUUCACAGUGAAUGGGUACGACAAGUAUCGUACUACGCUUCUCUGCAUUGCAUAGUAUCAUGCGCCACGUGCCCAGACUCACUGCUUAUGUGCGACCUCGCCGGAUCCAAGACGCAUAAUAUGUUCCGUCUCGACAAAGGUAUUCAAUGCUUCGCAUUCGAUGAAGAAGCACAUGUUCUAGUGACGGGAGGGCCAGACUGCUCGGUGCGUGUUUGGAACCCUUUCGUGCCCAGUAAGGCCAGCGCAGCCUUGCACGGCCAUCACGCGGGUAUUGUCGCACUCGUGUUGCAGAACCGUGCCAGCAUCGUAUAUUCUUUAUCGCGUGACCGAGUGAUCAAGGUCUGGGAUGUCCAGGGUCAGAAUUGCGUACAGACGUACAUCGACAUUCCGGCUCAGGUGGGAGAGCGCACGCCCAUCUCAUGCGUUUAUAACAGCGCAACACGCGAGUUGAUUCUAGCUGCCAUCAAAAUAGCCGUAUUGGUGCUGGACGAACAGAUCAAUCCGCACCACACUGACGGGUUCACACACUCUCGAGCUGUAGCACGCAUUCUCUACAACCCACUCUUUAAGGUCAUCAUUACCUGUGGUAUGGACAGCAUCAUCAUCAACUGGGAUCCUCUCACUGGUAAACGCAACGUGCUCAUCCGAGAGGCGCAUACACGACUUCUGCACGGUGAGUUGAUCCCGGUUGAGAUCACGGCAGCCUGCUUCGAUCCCGGUGACCAGUUGCUGCUCACCGGUGCAAGGAAUGGGACGCUUAAGGUGUGGAACUUCAAUACGGGAGUGUGUUUGAAGGAGAUGACGAUAGAGCACAUGUGUGAAGUGACCAACUGUUUCUGGGUGGAAGGACGAAUCCUGGCUGUGGGUUGGAAUCGGCACGUAACAGAAUUCGAGGAAGGUGGGACCCAGCGUACAGGAAAGUCGUGGGAGACGCGGCACACUGAUGACGUGCUAGCUGCUGCCGCGCGAUCUCCUAUGACCCUCGCUACUUCGUCAUACAAUUCAGAGCUGAUAUUCUGGAAAUUGGAGACUGGACAACCGUAUCGGAGAUUUUCAUGCACGGAACCGAUGCUGCGUAUCAAGAUGCAGUAUAGCAAACGUGCUGCCUCCCCUCACGCCGCUGCAGGGUCAUCUGCGCAUCGUGGCUCUUCUAUACUACGACGACCUAGCAUGGGUGGUGCGCGUGAUUCGGUAAUCGAUGCGGCGUCUGCGAUGGAGAAGGCCCGCGCUCGACGCGUUUCUGCGGUGAGCUUACCGGCCCGUGCGCAAGUGAUGCGACAACUCGCCGUACACGCUAUGGUCUUCCUGCAGAGACGCCCCGUGCACAUGCACGUUGCGACUCUGAUGCUGUCGCUGGAAAACGGGCAAGUGCAAUGCUGGUCGGAGCAUCCAGCUGGUGGGAUCCAGGGUGCGUUUCAGGGCAUUCACACUGCCGGUGACUACGUGUCUGCCUUUACGACUGAUGUCGACAAUAACUAUCUAUUCACCGGCACCACUGUUGGCUAUAUCAAAGUGUGGCUCAUGACUAACUACCUCACCCAUGAAAAGACGCACAUCAGUAUGCCAAAGUUGCGGCUGAAGUUUCCGUUCCUUUGGCGGGAUCGCAUCGAAGGACGCGCCAAGCGAUGCGUCAGAGACCAACCGCUGCCUCUGCUACUCAACAGCUACAAGGCGCACCUGCGCUGCGUCACUAGUCUCGCCUACGUUGACCAUUUGGAGUUACUCUUCAGUGGUUCGUCAGACUACAGCGUUCGCGCAUGGCGGCUGUCAGGUGAAUACGUUGGCACGUUGGGGAGCUUCGUGCCGUGGUCGCUCACGGACACGCGCUUCCCUCCAGAUGUUCAAAAGGUCGCCAGCUUCACUACUUUCAAGGUGUGGCGAGGAGGAUGGGUGUCUCGCUACGUGCCAGGGCAGGUGGAGAUAGACAAGCUUCGCGAUAUCACGGAACUGGAGCUGCGCACGCGCACUUUCGGUGAACCUCCACCGCCGCCGUUGCUGGGAGAUUACUUCGCGCUGCCCAAGCGUCCCGAUGCACACCAGACUAUUCGUCUCGACGAUUCACUGCAAACGAUUCCGCUAUACGCGCACCUACGCAUGGCAUCGACCCAACCCGUUAGGCGGCCUCCAACCCCAGAACUUGUGCGAGCCACGCGAUUAAAGCGAGCCCCUGCCCGACGCCCACACUUCGAACCACCCGCUCCUCCACAGUAGACUACUUAUUAGUGCUCGUUCAGACACAGCGGGAACCGCGCGAUUGUCAGAUCGUGCGGUUGGAACCGCAAAAAUGGCGACUGUUCAAACAGUGGCGGUUAGUUAGCGAUCAGUUUCAAGAUGGAAGUCGAAGAGUAACUAACGUGUCAGUGGUUGAUACAGAAAAUAAAGAAAACGCAGAUUCAGAGAGGAUCUUAAGAGGAUAGUAACACUAUAUCCCAAUUUAAGAAUGUUUGAGCGAAAUUUUUUUGACUAUUUGAGAAUGUCAAUAAAAUCUUUUGAUGAACUCAUUGAACAAAUCAGGUAAGAUAUUUCAAGCUCUGAAACACAUAUGAGGGCAAGCGUGUUACCAGAAGAAAAACUCUCCACUUCAUCAAUAAAUAACUCACGGUGCUCUUGUUAUGACGUGUUAAUCGCGCGGUGCCCGCAAUGCUAAUGAACGCUGAGUAAGAUCUUCAUAGUAAUAGAACCGCGAGGGAGUAUCGCGAUUCUAUUUUCUGGCGGUUGGGUUGCGGAAACCGCGCGGGUAUGUCUGAACGAUUACUUAAUAACUCAUACAAAUAAGACCCGCGCGAUUUCCAUGUGAUUUUGAAAUCGCGCGGUUCCCGCCGUGUCUGAACGAGCAAUUAAACAUAUAAAUGAUAAAUCUGUGUGUUAUACUUUAUUAUGAACAAUAAACGUUUAAAAUUAUCUAUA